AUGUCCGCUGACACUAAGCCAUGGGGAAAUUAUUAUCGAGUCAUCGUUGUGCUCGUUGGCUUCCUGUGUCUCACAUCGAUUUGUUCCAACUACAUCAUCAUAAAUUUCACCUUCAUCUGCAUGAAAAACGACAUGUCAAACGCGAUUCCAGAUAGCAAUGGAACGCUAAAAAGCAUUUACGACUAUUCCAGCGGUGAAAAGAAGUGGAUUUUGUGGGCGGUGGCAUUGGGAACCAUGAUCGGAACACUUCCAAUCAACGUUCUUUAUGUCAAAUUUGGAGCUCGUUUCCCAUUUUUCCUCGCUGGUCUCACCUCGAUCAUCUCAACAGCAUUAAUCCCAUGGGCAGCCGGAUUCAAUUAUUGGAUCUUGAUUUUGCUUAGAUUCAUUCAGGGUCUCGCCUAUUCCGCCGACUUCGCCGCCAUCGGUCUCAUCACUGUUCGCUGGGCACCUCUCACCGAAACCGCCACCUUCAUCGCUGUCAUGACCUCAUUCACAGGCAUCUCGUCAACUGCUACCAACUCCGUGACAGGUGUCAUCUGCGAAAGCUCACUCGGAUGGAAAUGGUCGUAUUACCUUCACGCCGCCGUCGGAUUGUUCCUCUUCUGCCUUUGGUACAUCGUAUAUAUCGAUCAUCCACAGGACACCAAACGAGUCUCCUGCAAAGAAUUGAGCAAAAUCGAAAAGUCCAAAUCUGCAGCCCAUCUUGAUAAGAGUACCGAUGUUCCAUAUGGCAAACUUCUAACCAGCCCAGUCAUCUGGUGUGUCUGGCUCAACGCCUUCUUCGAAAUGUCAGCUGUGAUUGUGUGCUCUACCUACAUGCCAAUCUAUUUCCACGAAGUUCUCGGAUUUGGAGUCACUGAAACCGGAUUCUGGGUUGCUUUGGUUCUCUUCAUCUGGCUUCCUGUCCGAUGGGUAUCUGCUGUCAUGAGUGACAAAAUGACUUGCGUCGGAGAGCGAGCUAAAAUGCUCAUGUUCAAUACUGUAGCUGUCGGAGGUACUGGAGUAUUUUUCGCUGUUAUUGGAUUCAUCCCAGCUGAGAACAAGUACUGGUCGGUGGCUGCGUUCACUAUGACCAUGUGCUGUGUUGGUGUCAAUUCUGGAGGUUUCUACAAGUGUGGUGUUCUUCAUGCCCGUCAAUACGCCCACGUCGUCAUCGCUGCUAUCCAAUGGACCAAAUGCGUGGCUCUUUUCUCGGCUCCAGCCAUGGUUGCCCUCUUCGUCACCACCGAAUCAGUCCGCACCCAAUGGAUCGGUGUCUAUCUGGUUUUCGGAGGACUCAUGCAAAUUACAAAUCUCCUUUCCUACUGUAUCUUCACCGACAAACCAGCUUCGUGGACCAACAGCGAUGAGAAGCCAGUGGCUGUGUCCAAAGCCUAA